UUUAUUAAGAAAACAUCGAACGUAAAAAAUGGCAGCACCAGAAGCGAUACAAGUCAGUUCACUUCCUCUGCCACCGGUUCAAUAUAUUAAUUUAUACACAGACGAAAAUGUUCGCCGAGGCAGAGCACCACGACCACCACCGCCGAUACACGAUACUUAUUCGAUGUUCGGAAAUGUAUUUAACGCGGACGAUACAAUUAUUAGACCUCUCGAAGCACAAGGGAUCAAAAGGUUAUAUCCUCAGCAUUUCGAUCGACGACGGGAGUUGAAAAAAUUGAAUCAUUCAUUGCUUGUUAACUUCUUGGAUUUGAUAGAUUUGCUUGUACAAUGUCCUGACAGUCCAAGACGUGCAGAAAAGGUGGAAGAUCUCAGUCUCUUAUUUAUCCACAUUCAUCACUUGCUAAAUGAAUUUAGACCACAUCAAGCCAGAGAAACACUAAGAGUAAUGAUGGAAUUACAGCGUAGACAACGUAUUGAAACAGCACUUAGAUUUCAAAAACAUUUAGAAAAAGUUCAAGAAAUUCUACAACAUGCACUGCAAAUGUUACCCGAUACUUCGGAACUGGAUUCUAAAUUAGCAAUAAAUACAGAUGCUAUGGAGUCUGUUGAUAAUUUAGGUUCUGAACAACAAAUUCCUGAUCCCUGUAGCCCAAGUGAUCGCAUUAUGUGCAAAACAAUAGAUGAUAUGAUUGCAACAAAUGGACUAUAUUAAAUAAAUUUUUUUUUAAUAGGACAUUGUAAAAACUAUUGUAAUUAUAACUGUACAAUACAUUCUAAUGAUAAUGAUUCUACAAAUGUAGUUUAUUUAUUAAAUAACAGAAAAUAA